AUGACGCACAUCUCCGAAACACGUCCUCUUCUCCCCUCAGAGCCAGCCAUCGAGCGCUCAAUCUCCUACCAGAGCAACUAUACUCCCUACGACACUCGUGCUCUGCACCCUUGCCAGAGCAAACAUGAAGAAUGCCAUGUCGACUACAGUGACAUCCUACGCGACAUCAUUAUUGGCUUCUCCGACGGCCUCACAGUACCCUUUGCCCUGACAGCCGGUCUGUCCAGUCUCGGCAGCGCCAAAGUUGUCAUCAUUGCUGGUCUGGCAGAGCUCUUCUCUGGCAUGAUCAGCAUGGGUCUAGGCGCUUACCUCGCUGCUGUUACAGAGCGCGACGCCUACCAUUCACAAGCCGAGAAGAAAGAGUUUGCGGUGCACAAUAGGCCCGCUGACGAGAGAACGGGUGUGUACGAUGUGCUGCAAAAAUACAAUGUUUCGAGAAGCUCUGCGGCACCGCUGGUCGACGAGCUGUGCAAGAAUCCUACUGAAUGGGUGCGCUUCAUGAUGGACUUUGAACUCAAGCUCGAAGAGCCCAACGUGCACCGCGCGUGGAUCUCUGCCGUCACCAUGGGCCUGAGCUACUUCAUCGGCGGCCUUAUCCCUAUGAUUCCCUACUUUGUCAUGCCGCGCGUUCGCGAAGCAUUAUUGGUCUCGAUCGGAAUCACUGUUGCGGUGUUGUUGGUGUUUGGAUACGUCAAGAACUACGUCGCCAUUCGAAACCAUCGCGCGGGAGUUUGGGGAGCGGUGCAAACGCUUGUUAUCGGUAUGUUGGCGGCGGGCACGAGUUAUGCGAUCGUGAGGGGGUUGGAUUCGGGCGAUGUUUGA